AUGUUUCUCCUUUUCUUGAUUUUUUCUACAGUAUUCUCGGAUGAAGCAUUGUACGACCUAACCGCUUGCACCUAUACAAAUUGUCAUGGAAUGUUCUCUACUUCUUCUUGUCCAACUGAUUUUUAUCUGGUAAAAUGGGAGAAAUGUGGAUUUUUGAAGAAACAUGAGUUGUGCUGCCGAAUGUCGAAUUCUACGGUCGCUGAUAAAUGUCGUUGGAGUCCUUGUUAUGCUUCCAUCGAGAGCAACUUUUGCUCUAAAAACGAGUUUGUAAGCGAGGAGAAGAAAUGCUCGUUGCUCCGAAAACAAGAAAAAUGCUGUAAACAGGAAAAUGUGAAUUUGAAAAGUUGAGCUAAUUAUGAAAAUGAGGAAUAAAUAAAAAAUUAUCAAGA